AUGGGCUGGCUUGGCCUGGGAGAAGAAGUCGAUGGCUUCGUCUCUACAACUUCAGACUAUGGCACUGCUCGUUAUUUUUUCGGCCGAUAUAGCGGAGGCUACAUAUAUAAGAUUAAGGCCUCCCGCAACCUCAUAGAUGUCUCAAAGACCUUGGGAAGACACUAUCGGCACAAGAGUGAAUAUGAGUAUGCGGUCAAGGAUAUCCCAAUGGAUCAAGUUAUGGGUUGGUACACUUUCUCGCUCGGUGGCCACCUAGAUGGCGAUUUUGAGGCCAAUGACGACGCAUUUUAUAAGAAGAAUGCCCCUUCACUCAGUUCUCGAAAGUAUAAUGAAAAAUAUGGUGGGCAAACUGAUGGUGGCGCCCAAAACUCCGUGGCUGGAUUUCCCGAAAACCAUGAAGCAUGGACCGAGUCCCCCUGGAAAGAAAUAAGCCCUUACAAAUCCAAGAAGGCUAAGAAUGCUCGUGAGAUUUUGAAGGAGUAA